AUGUGCGACCAUGAUCUGGGUGGCUUCUCCUGUGGCAGACUUGGUUGUACGUCUAGGAGCGACUUAAAAUUCUUUGGGUGGUGUUCUCUGUGGACAAUGGUCCAGACACUGAUAUUGCUGGGAUCGAUUCACACCUUCUCGGUGGUAGACGGAACGCUACUCACUAAAUUGUUCAAAUCCAGUCUUCUGUUGGUUCGCUCUGUUGAUGAUUUCUUGUUGCUUACGCACUUGUUCCUGAAAAAAAUACGCUACGGAUCUAAAACAUUCAUUGGGCAGCUCCGCAAUGGCGUGAGAGUGAGUGUCCACCUUCUGGGUAUCGAACUGCAAUGCACAACGGAGGUUGCAGGUCCUCUGGCAGGGUCUCGCAAGCAGCUGAGAAGGAGUUCGACAUCGCCGACAUUUCCAAUUUCAUGGAAUCAGAGGCCUAGCCAGGAGUAG